AUGUACCAAUCGUCAGACUUAAUAGUGUUGCAAUCAUGGCGGGGGCUGUGGUGCAAUCUACCAUCUUACUACCUUUUGAAUCUAUGCAUUGAUUUCUGGAAGAACACGGGUGUAACUUCAACGAAUUCAAGUACUAUUUGGGAAAGAAUCUCUAAACAUAAGCUACCAGUUGUGGAACCUAGACAAUCUUCACUUUUUCCUCAAGCAAUUGAUCUAAGAGACAACUCAACUACUGGUGCAGUGUUUUUUGCUGUAUGUCGUGGAAAGGUAAGUGAAGGAUUAGAUUUUGCUGAUCAAGCUGGAAGAGUUGUGAUUGUGACUGGAAUUCCAUUUGCAAUGAGGAAUGAUCCAAAAAUCCGUUUAAAACGUGAGUUUUUAGACCAACAGGCACUCUCCCAAAAAGGAUCCAAGAUACAUUCUCAAAGCCAGUAUCUGCCAUACUUUGAUGUUGACACAUCCGAUGUUUUAGAAAGAAUCAAAGAUUCCCUCUUGCCCUUUGGAGGAAGAUUCAAUGAAAAAACGGCUAGCAACCCAGACUUGUAUGGACCUUUUUGGAUAUGCACUACCUUAAUCUUUGUUGCAGCUUCUAUUGGGACAUUUGUGACUUAUUUGGCUCAUAAGCUACAACAUAAAGAAUGGAACUAUGAUAUUAAUCUUGUAACAUGGUCUGAUGGAGUGUUCUAUGGCUAUGUGCUUGUUGUGCCUCUUUGUUUGUACAUUAUUCUCAAGUACUUUUCUGCACCUUCUGGCCUUGUUCAACUCUUCUGUCUAUACGGAUACUCCGUGUUUAUCUUCAUUCCAGCCAUGGGAGAUAUUUAUCAAGUGGAAGCAAGCUACGAGAACCAACAGCAAAUAAUGAGAAUUAAGACCCUCUUCCAUAAGAAGUCAAGUGGAGGAUAUUUUAUUGGUGAUAAAACCCAACCAAGUUCUUGCAAGGGUCUGAUACACAACUACUAAAAAGGGAUGUAAUUACUUGGACUAAAUAUGAGGAAGACUACAACAUGCCUACUUGGAUUUAUCAGGAUGGUCCAAGGGCUGGGCUAACUAGGCCGCAACCCAAGGCAGCAAUUUAUAGGGUAUCCGAUUUUUUCCAAAUCCCAAGUCUUAUUAUGGGUAUAACUUACCAGUUACAUGGGUCAAGAACUUGAUCCAUAAAUACGAUCCAACCAUUAAAGGAAUUGGUAAGUGACAAGGUCACCCGACUGGAAAUUGAAAAGGGUGAAACGCCAAAAGAAGCGGCAAAUGCAAUUCAGAUUUGUUAAAAAAGGCGCACGCGAAGAAGAGUAUUGAGUUUUCUUCAAUUUCUGAUUCUAGAUUUCUUUCUUGUAAAUUAAAAAAGCACA